UAUACUAUAUUUACAAGAUUCUUUGAGUAUCAUGCUAGCUGCAAUACAUCAAGGUACUACCGAAGUAGCUACUUGCAUUUUGCAUUGAUUUCGGCUCAGGUCUCAAUCUUAACCUGGACAUAUCGUGCUACAGUUCUCUAGACGUUUUGUAGGGAGUGCAGACUACGAACUGGUCAUUUACCAGAGGGAUUUAUGAAGAAAAAGAGAAUGGCUUGAAUUGGUACCCUUAGCGACCAAGAAGAUGAAGAAUAAAUCUGUCAAAAAGAAAUCUCUGCCCAACCCGACCAAGUGGACUAGCAAGGAUGGAGGAAUGGUGAAAACUGAGUCAGAGCAACAACAAUGUGCAGGAGAAUAUGUAACAGUAAACACAAAUGGAAUUUGCGUCAACAUCCAUAUCAAAGAGGAACAAACAGAGUUGGAACUAUGCGACAAAAGUGCGGAGGAGUGCGAGAGUGGGUCAAAUCUGACAAAAGAACUAUUGAGUGAUUCAGCUGCCAAUUUAUUCAAAUCAGAAACGGACCAAGUUAACACUAGCCACUUUAAUCUACAGCUAAAAGAUGAACGCAAUUCUAAUUCUGAGUUUGAUAUGGUGGAGGUAAAGAGAGAAACGGAAUUGUGCCUGAAGGAAGAUAGUGGUGAUAAGGAGAAGCAGGUGAAUGCUGCGGAAGACGUUGAUGUCGGGAUAUGUGGAGUGGACACUGGAGUCUCCUCUGCUCAGUUCUUUACUUGUCCAGAAUGUGGUGUGUCAUUUACCAAACAUUGCUUCUUGGAGAAACAUCUGAAGUGGAUCCACCAGAGGAAAUACCACGCUAUGCUGAAGAAACGUCACUCAGACCACCAAACCUGCCUCACCCCCACAGUUAGCUGCCCCCACUGCAACCUAUCCUUCCAUACCACCCAACAACUCACUGUCCACGCCCACAAGGCCCACCCUUCCGUCCCAACCCGGAGACGGCACCCCUGCCCAACCUGCGCCCGCAGCUUCCAGUAUCUCGGCAACCUGGAGAGGCACUGCAAGCGCUGGCACAAAAUGUCCGUCACUUGCCGCAAAGGACACCUCAGCUGUGCGGACUGUGGGAAGGGCUUUGAGACUACCUGGGGACAAGGGCCUCACAGGUGUGACGAACCCGAAGACGGGAAAUCUGAAGACAGGCCUCUCCGCCUGGACACUGGAGUGCAGUGCCCAGAUUGUGGGAAAUGCGUCCGCACCUCUCAGGGUUUGGCUGUGCACAUGCGCACGCACACUGGUGAGAAACCCUACAUCUGUAAAGAAUGUGGCAGACGUUUUUCAGACCGCAGUGGUUUAUGCAAACACAUGCUAAUACACACAGGGGCCAAACCCCACGAAUGCCAAGUGUGUGGGAAGACCUUCGCUCGGAAAGGACACCUUAGAUCCCACAUGACGACCCACUCGGGUGAGAAAGCUCACUCGUGUCCUGAAUGUGGGAAAAAGUUUGGCCUGAAGUCUGGUCUAACCAACCACCUUCGGACCCACACGGAUGAGAAACCGUUUCAUUGUACGGUGUGCGGGAAAGACUUCUCUCUCAACUCCAACCUGAAACUUCACCUGAAAGUCCACAGAAAUGAAAAGAACCACCAAUGUGUGGAGUGCGGACUAAAAGCUGUCAACUUUGCAACGCUGAAAACACACAUGCGCAGUCACACGGGGGAGAGGCCUUAUCACUGCACCGUGUGCGGCAAACAGUUUAUCCGGCGCGAGCAUCUGAAGAACCACCAGCGCACUCACACGGGUGAGAAGCCCCACAAAUGCACUCAGUGUGACAAAAGCUUCAUUCAAUCUGGGGACCUUAUCAGGCAUAAGAGGAUUCAUGCCGGUGUCAAGCCCUUUGAAUGUCCUGACUGUCACCGUCGCUACACAGCCUCUGGAGAUCUGGUCAAGCACAGGAGGAUCCACUCAGAUUCACGCCCCUACACCUGUCAGGAGUGUGGGAAGGCUUUCCGUCUGUCGGGCCAUCUGAAAGGCCACAUGUCCACUCACACGGGGGAGAAGCCGUACGCCUGCCCCCGCUGCCAGCGCUGCUUCGCCCGCUCUCACCACCUGACCGGUCACCUGACCAAAUGUACCUGAGUGUGAUGGGAAGGGUGAUGGAUCAGUAAUUCUCCAACUUAACUUUUCCUUGCACAGGGUUGUGUGUUUAUGGGGAGCCAGUAUGAAAUGGUGGAUAGGGGUUCUAUUGAUGCGAGGUACAGUGGAUGAAUACAUUGGCGGCGGGGCGGCCAUUGCAGACAAGACUUUAAAGCUGUAAUAUACCAUGAGUUCCAAACCAUUCAUGCAGAAGUCACAAGACUGUGUCAACAUGUUGAGGACCAGAGUGACUGCAGUUUGGUUAAAAGCAAAGUGCCAGCUCCUAAAAAUAUUAUGUUCAGUGUGAACACUGAAUUAUGUUUAUGAAGCUCAGACAAUCCUACAAUAAUGUAACUUCACAUUGUAGAUUUUAUGUCCACAUGUUUAGCUCUUGGCCUAUCAAUGCCAUAAUUACUGUUACAUUACAUUUACUGUUGAAAUAAUAUUAAUGUCAGAUUAAUUACCAUGUAAGCACAGUCUGUUUUGUGAUAUAUUUUACAAUCUGUCACAACAAUCUGUUGAUUAACUG